CUCCCGCACUGUGCAGUAAUCCCACGGUACUGGGACCGAACCAAGCACCUUCCAAGGUGCCUUUGCCUUCGUUGCAUACUACCUGGUACAACCGACGCAUUUACAGGUUGCCUUGGUUGCACGGUACGGUGGCAGGUCAAGGGCGGUCUAGCUAGCAGCUACUAGCUAGAGUGGAGGAGUUAUACGGAAGCCGGCAGGGGACCAGGUUGGUUCAACUCUACCUACCAGGCACUUGAACUGCAACAGCACCUUGCUAACCCCCGUUCGAACUGGCUCGUGGAGGUAUUGUCGUGUCCUGGGAGCAAGCAAUGAAUAGCAAGAGUAGAAAGCUCACAAAACCAAAAAGCAACAAACAAAAACACAACAAACAAAAGGGAAACUUACGACAGCGCUACCUUAUCCCACAAGCAACAAGAACCACUGCAAAACCAAAACCAAAACCAAAACGCAAAACUACCUCUCUCUAUCUACCGACAAACCAAUCAAGAACAACAAAACCAUGAAAUUCUCUGCUAUGAUCCUCCAAACUGGUGUCAUUGCAUCUCUCCUUUUGCACAGCGGGGAAGCUCGUUUGGGAAACAAGAAUGAUGAUAGUAACAAAGCACGGGCACUGGAUAGUACAUCGCCCCAAGACUGUGCAACCGCGUUGCAGUCAUAUCGGGAUAGCAGCGGAGAAACCUACACUCAAGUUCAGAUGGCAUGUCUGCAGUCUCCAACCUGUGCUGCAGCUGCUCCAAUUUGGAUCCCAAAUCAAGGCGCCGCCCCGAUGCACAUUGCCUGCAACUUUACGGAAACAACUGCCCAAACCGAGUUUAGUGACUGCGAGACACAAGAAUCGGAAGUGUCCUCCGCAUUGGGCAACUUGGUGGACUUUCCAGUGCGCAAUGACGCCAUCGGCCCCGAUGUGGCUCUUUUAAAGCUCUACAAUAUGGAAAACACAAACUACCACAAUGACAUGGGAAUCGAAUGGGGCAUUACCAAGGGUUGUAAUAGUGACAACCAUGUGUAUCUUCUCUACAAGAACAGAGAGGAUGGAGGAGAAGAGGGACUGUAUACUGUGGUUGGAUACCAGACCUUGGAAACCUUUGUAAACGGAGAAUUUGUCCAUGGUAAAGGAUUUGUGGAAGGAGAAGGUGUCAGUGGCAUUGCCCCUGGAAGUGAUUGUCCCUUUGGUCAUGAGAAGUCACUUGAGUUAUUGGGAUCCUGUCAACUGGUAGAAGAGGAAUCAGAGGAAUCAGAGGAAUCUGGAAACAGUAAACUUCUCAAGUCUCCGGACAGGCUAAGGUUAGAGAGUGGAGACGUCAAGGCUCCGAAAACAAAGGUUGCCGCAGCCAAUAGUGCAGGUGAUGAACAGGGAGCAGCAAUCCAGGCAGCAAACAUGGCAAAUCCUCAAGACUGUGCCGCUGCAUUGCAGACAUAUCGUGAAAGUAGUGGAGAAGCCUACACCCAGGUACAGUUGGAAUGUGUGCGGUCAUGUGCUGCUCCAAGUCGUCUUGUCGAUGCUGUUGCCAUGCAGAAAGAUACCUCUGCUAUUGUGUGCAGCUUUACAGAACAGACAAUCCAUUCAGAAUGGAGCAACUGCGAGACAACUAGCACCCAAGAAGAAAAGGACUUGGGCAGCUUGACUUUCACUGCAACAGUUAAUGAUUGGAUGACUGGCUUCCCAAUGAUUAAAAAUGUGCCCGGCUAUGACUCCACUGAAAGUAUGGAAUGGGGUGUCACCAUGGGCUGUGGCAAUGAUGAGCAUGUCUAUCUCUUGUACAGGAAUAGCAAUGAUGAAGGAGAAGAUGCUCUGUACACUGUUGUCGGGUACCAAACCUUGGAAGCUUUUCUGCAGGAACGUGAAUUGGUUGAUGGAAAGGCAGGGAUUAGAGGGGAAGGAGUCAGUGGCAUCGCUCCUGGCAGUGAUUGCCCCGUUGGACGCGACGAUACAACUGACUUGUUGGGAUCAUGCCAAUUCAUGGGUUAAGUCCUUCAUUACUGGCCAGUAUUGCAGCUCGGAAGACGAAGCAAGCAACUGUAGGCGGUGCGAAGUAAAACCUAUAAACUAAGUCCAAAACAACUAACCGCCAACGAACAACUUGCACUGCAGCCCUGAUUGAUAAAAGUACAACCCCUGGGGCAACACUUUUGAUAAAGGCGGUCCGCCCAACACCACUACUUGAACCA